UUGUGGAUGAGGAAACUGAGGCUCAGGGAGGCAAAGGAGCUUCGUCCAGGUGCAGGGCUGACUGCAGGGCAGCGGGAGGUGCGGGCGCUGGGAGCACAGCGAGGGGCCAGCCCCGCGCCCACGGCAGGCAGCUCCGGACGGCCCCAUGCAAGCCAAACGAUGACCAGUUGUGGCCAGCGGUCCCUGAACGUGCUCACCGUCCUCUCGCUGCUGGUUCCGGCAGUCUUGUCCGCGCAUUUCCGGGUCUGUGAGCCGUACACGGACCACAAAGGCCACUACCACUUUGGCUUCCACUGCCCCCGGCUCUCGGACAACAAAACCUUCAUCCUCUGCUGUCACCAUAACAACACGGUGUUUAAAUACUGCUGCAACGAGACGGAGUUCCAGGCGGUGAUGCAGGCGAACCUCACAGCCAGCUCCGAGGGCUACGCGCACAACAACUACACCGCCUUGCUGGGCGUGUGGAUCUACGGCUUCUUCGUGCUGAUGCUGCUGGUCCUGGAUCUCCUGUAUUACUCGGCGAUGAACUACGACAUUUGCAAGGUUUACCUGAUGCGGUGGGGCGUCCACGGACGGUGGAUGAAACAGGACCCGCAGCGGUGGGGGAACCCUGCCCCGCCCCGUGCCCGGCUCGCCGAGGACAGAAGAGCGGACGCAGGCGGCCUCAGCGGAGCGCAGCCCCUGUCCUCCAGCUUCGCGCCGCCGGCUCCUUCCUUCACUUACAGCUGUUCCAUCCGCACAUAA